AUGGACUUUACUGCUGUUAAUCGAUCUCCACUUAACACAAGCAAAACUAAAUAAAUGUAUACUUUCUCGAAGGCCAAACGUUGGGUCGAUCCCAAAGACAACAUUUGCCCUCCAAUUUAUCAGUUACCUACUACUUUGAGUAAGAGAGCAGCUGGAAUAGGCCUUGGCAAGAAGAUGAACGUAACUCAGGAAAUAGUUUCACCUGCCCCCAACUCUUAUUCGAUUCAAACUACUAGAGAACACGGUUGGACCAUGGGAUUGGGCAGAGAUCGCGCAAAUAAAUUCGAGAGCAUCUUCUUAGGCUUAGUCCAAAAGACACCUGGGCCAGGAUCAUACAAUUCUAAAGAAACCUAGUCUAAAGUUCGUUACAGCAUGAGACAACGACUGAAAAGCAGAACAAGCAAAGAUCGAAAACCUGGACCUGGCGAAUAUGACUUACCAACCAGCAUAAACAGUCGAGGCAAGUAUGCCCUCAGUUAAUAUCGCGAUUCAGGAGCUAUCGUUCUUUCGCCUCCCAAAGUCCAAUCAGAUAGAAAAAUAAGGGAUAACACUCCAGGACCAGGGACAUACAAAGAGACAGAUAACCUGGAUCCCUUGGGUAGUUACUUUUGUUCCAGAUUUGGUGCAAGCAAAUGUAACAUAUUUCCAAGGGCUUAACGGAUACUAUCGGAAAACAGAGAGGGAUCGCCUGGACCUGGCUAAUACAAGUUGCCUUCCGAUUUCGGGUGUUGACAUAUCAUUAUUUUUAAUCU